GUCGCCGGGCCCCCUCCUCCUCACUCCUCGUCGUCCUGCGUAGCGGCUACCGGAGCGUUACAGGGGGCUGCGCCUGCCUUCUCGGCCCCAGACCUGUCUGCCAAAGGUAGUUUAUGCCAAUGUGGCUUCAUUUAUACAGAUGAACCAAGGAUUGGGAUAGCAGUAUAAAAUUAGAAUCGGACAGCUGACUGCCCAGCAGGAUGCCAUCAACUAACAGAGCUGGCAGUCUAAAGGACCCGGAGAUUGCAGAGCUCUUCUUCAAAGAAGAUCCAGAAAAGCUCUUCACAGAUCUGAGAGAAAUUGGCCAUGGAAGCUUUGGAGCAGUGUAUUUUGCAAGAGACGUGCGUACCAAUGAAGUGGUGGCUAUCAAGAAAAUGUCUUAUAGUGGAAAACAGUCUACAGAGAAAUGGCAGGAUAUUAUCAAGGAAGUCAAGUUUCUACAAAGGAUAAAACAUCCCAACAGUAUAGAAUACAAAGGCUGCUAUUUACGUGAACACACAGCAUGGCUUGUAAUGGAAUAUUGUUUGGGAUCUGCUUCAGAUUUACUAGAAGUGCACAAAAAGCCAUUACAAGAAGUGGAAAUAGCAGCAAUUACACAUGGUGCUCUCCAGGGAUUAGCCUACUUACAUUCUCACACUAUGAUCCACAGAGAUAUCAAAGCGGGAAAUAUCCUUCUGACAGAACCAGGCCAGGUGAAACUUGCUGACUUUGGGUCUGCUUCCAUGGCAUCCCCUGCCAAUUCUUUUGUGGGAACACCAUACUGGAUGGCCCCAGAAGUAAUUUUAGCCAUGGAUGAAGGACAAUAUGAUGGCAAAGUUGAUGUAUGGUCUCUUGGAAUAACAUGUAUUGAACUAGCGGAAAGGAAACCUCCUUUAUUUAAUAUGAAUGCAAUGAGUGCCUUAUAUCACAUAGCCCAAAAUGAAUCCCCUACACUACAGUCUAAUGAAUGGUCUGAUUAUUUUCGCAACUUUGUAGAUUCUUGCCUGCAGAAAAUCCCUCAAGAUCGGCCUACAUCAGAGGAACUUUUAAAGCACAUGUUUGUUCUUCGGGAACGUCCGGAAACAGUGUUAAUAGAUCUUAUUCAAAGGACAAAAGAUGCAGUAAGAGAGCUAGACAAUCUACAGUAUCGAAAAAUGAAGAAACUCCUUUUCCAGGAGGCACAUAAUGGACCAGCAGUAGAAGCACAGGAAGAAGAAGAGGAACAAGAUCAUGGUGUUGGCCGGACUGGAACAGUGAAUAGUGUUGGAAGCAAUCAGUCUAUUCCCAGUAUGUCCAUUAGUGCCAGCAGCCAAAGUAGUAGUGUUAACAGUCUUCCAGAUGCCUCUGAUGAUAAGAGUGAGCUAGACAUGAUGGAAGGAGACCAUACAGUGAUGUCUAACAGUUCUGUCAUUCAUUUAAAACCUGAGGAGGAAAAUUACAGAGAGGAAGGAGAUCCUAGAACAAGAGCAUCAGAUCCACAGUCUCCACCCCAAGUAUCUCGUCACAAAUCGCACUAUCGUAAUCGAGAACACUUUGCAACUAUACGGACGGCAUCACUGGUUACAAGGCAAAUGCAAGAACAUGAGCAGGAUUCUGAACUUAGAGAACAGAUGUCUGGCUAUAAGCGAAUGAGGCGGCAACACCAAAAGCAGUUGAUGACUCUGGAAAAUAAAUUAAAGGCUGAGAUGGAUGAACACCGCCUUAGAUUAGACAAAGAUCUUGAAACUCAGCGUAACAAUUUUGCUGCAGAAAUGGAGAAACUUAUCAAGAAACAUCAGGCUGCUAUGGAAAAAGAGGCUAAAGUGAUGGCCAAUGAGGAGAAAAAAUUUCAGCAACAUAUUCAGGCUCAACAGAAGAAAGAACUGAAUAGCUUUUUGGAAUCUCAGAAAAGAGAAUAUAAACUUCGAAAAGAGCAGCUUAAGGAGGAACUGAAUGAAAACCAGAGCACCCCUAAAAAAGAAAAACAGGAGUGGCUUUCAAAGCAGAAAGAGAAUAUACAACAUUUCCAAGCAGAAGAAGAAGCUAACCUUCUUAGACGUCAGAGACAAUACCUAGAACUGGAAUGCCGUCGCUUCAAGAGAAGAAUGUUGCUUGGGCGUCAUAAUUUGGAGCAGGACCUUGUCAGGGAGGAAUUAAACAAAAGACAGACUCAGAAGGACUUAGAGCAUGCCAUGCUAUUGCGACAGCAUGAAUCCAUGCAAGAACUGGAGUUCCGUCACCUCAACACAAUUCAGAAGAUGCGCUGUGAGUUGAUCAGAUUGCAGCAUCAAACUGAGCUCACUAACCAGCUGGAAUAUAAUAAGCGAAGGGAACGAGAACUAAGGCGAAAACAUGUCAUGGAAGUUCGACAGCAGCCUAAGAGUUUGAAGUCUAAGGAACUACAAAUAAAAAAGCAGUUUCAGGAUACCUGCAAAAUCCAAACCAGACAGUACAAAGCAUUAAGAAAUCACCUGUUGGAGACUACACCAAAGAGUGAGCACAAAGCUGUUCUGAAAAGGCUCAAGGAGGAGCAGACCCGGAAGUUAGCCAUCUUGGCUGAGCAGUAUGAUCACAGCAUUAAUGAAAUGCUCUCCACACAGGCCCUGCGUUUGGAUGAAGCACAGGAAGCAGAGUGCCAGGUUUUGAAGAUGCAGCUGCAGCAGGAACUGGAGCUGUUGAAUGCGUACCAGAGCAAAAUCAAAAUGCAAGCUGAGGCACAACAUGAUCGAGAGCUACGGGAGCUUGAACAGAGGGUCUCCCUCCGCAGGGCGCUCUUAGAACAAAAGAUUGAAGAAGAGAUGUUGGCUUUGCAGAAUGAACGCACAGAACGAAUACGAAGCCUGCUGGAGCGUCAAGCCAGAGAAAUUGAAGCUUUUGACUCUGAAAGCAUGAGACUAGGUUUUAGUAACAUGGUCCUUUCUAAUCUCUCCCCUGAGGCAUUCAGCCACAGCUACCCGGGAGCCUCUGGUUGGUCUCACAAUCCUACUGGGGGUCCAGGACCUCACUGGGGUCAUCCCAUGGGUGGCCCACCACAAGCUUGGGGCCAUCCAAUGCAAGGUGGACCCCAGCCAUGGGGUCACCCCUCAGGGCCAAUGCAAGGGGUACCUCGAGGUAGCAGUAUGGGAGUCCGCAAUAGCCCCCAGGCUCUGAGGCGGACAGCUUCUGGGGGACGGACGGAGCAGGGCAUGAGCAGAAGCACGAGUGUCACUUCACAAAUAUCCAAUGGGUCACACAUGUCUUAUACAUAACUUAAUAAUUGAGAGUGGCAAUUCCGCUGGAGCUGUCUGCCAAAAGAAACUGCCUACAGACAUCGUCACAGCAGCUUCCUCACUUGGGUACUACAGUGUGGAAGCUGAAUGCGUAUGGUAUAUUUUAUUCGUUUUUGUAAAGCGUUCUGUUUGGUGUUUACUAAUUGGGAUGUCAUAGUAUUUGGCUGCCGGGUUUUUGUGGGAUUUUUUGUUGUUGUUUGUCUGUUUUUAACUUUUGGGUAAAUUUUGAAAAGGGGAGUUAUAUCUCAUACACGUGGUAAAAAAGAAAUUGGUUAGAUAGAGGGGGUAUUUUUUGAACACUGCAAAAAUAAAAUGCAGUAAAGUAACUUGAGUCAUCACUUUAGCGUGUCCAUAUCCUAAGAAGUUUGUGAGAAUAUUUAAAGCCCUCGUCCUGUAUUCCAAAUUCUUAUGAGCCACUGACAGCAGACAGGAAAUGCUGAAACAAGUUAUUAUUGGAACAUACCUGCACCCCCUCGCCAAUGUAUUUUCUUUAUUAAAUUGGUCUGAUUUCUCAGACUCAUUUGAAGUACAAAAAGCAGAAACCCUCAAACACUAAAGGAUUUUAUUGACUGGUUGAGAUAAUAGAAAUUUAGUUCUUUUUCUAAAUGCUUCAUAAGUUUGUCAGUGAUUUUUGUCCAUUCAGUUGUGCCUUCUUUGUCACAGUAUGAUGGAGUUGCUUAAGGAAAUCGCAAGCUUUGUGGGGAUUGCAUUAACAAACCUGCAAGUUUUCAAAGGGGAAGAUCAGCAGGCUGAGAGGGGCCCCUGAAAGUUCCAUGGGAUAGGUAUGUCCAGCAGCAGAGUGAGGAGAUGAAGACUAUGUAUACUGACAUUUGUUGCUUAUACUGUGAUAUCUUGGCCUAGUUAAGCUCUGUAAGUCUCAAAACCCCAAACAGUACUUUUACUUUGUACAAAAACAAAGACAUAUAGCCAAUACAAAUCAAAUGCCAGAGGUAUUUGAAUGAUGCCAUAUUUGCCAACUGCCAUCUAUUGGAAUAUACUCAUCACACUACAUAGACAAAAUUUGAUUAUCCCCUUUUGGCUUAUGAGAUUUCCUGUUUACAAGUAGAAUAGUCGUUUAUUUAAAUGCUUAGUUGCCAUAGUGAACCAGGAGUCACUGAGCCAGUGAGUACCAGCUGCUGACUAAUCCUCUUCACCACUGUAGAUUUUUGUUGCAUGUGCAGAUCCUCUGUUUUUUAAUUGCUGUUUUUGUUGCUGCAGUACUUUAUAAACUUCUAGUUCAGUGAGACUUAGUGACCAUUUGGGAUCAUGUUAACGUCACACAAUAGGAAACACCACUUCCAGAAGUCUCAAGCCUCAGUGCUAAAGUACUACUGAAAAGGAACUAGAAAGUUUGACAAAUGAAAAAACAAACAAACAAUAAAAGGUAAAAGUAAGUUAUAGUGGUCAGGGAAUCUCUUGACAAAAGCUAACAUUUCUUUUCAGGGGUGGGGGUGGGGGUUGUUUUGUUUUGUUUUGUUUUACAAUGAAGGAUCAACCAAUUAGAAAGUUAGAUGUUAUUUGGUAUUCCAUUGCUUGUGUGGAAGAUGAGUUGGAGGUGAAUGGGGAGCUGUGAGUAUGACUUGAAGAAAAAAAUGUCCUUUUCAGUGACAGAUCAGUUUCUUACAAGUUAUUAUUAUCUUACUCCCUUCCCAGUUGUCUUGAAGAAUUCUUGCUGCUAACUCUGGAUCCUGCUUUUCAUGUAGUCAGAGGGCUCCAAGGUAGAACUCUCCAAGUCCCUUACAAUAAUAUUCUUCACUCUUCACCUACACCAAACUAGUGACCAAAUUGUAUCUAUCACUGUUGGAGUCUUGGUUUCUCAAUGACAUUUUAAGUCUUCCCAGGUAUGUCAUACCAUAACUCCAUUUAGGAGUUUCUGACAUUGCUUCCGACUAUCGCUGGAAGAAAAGUUAAUGUUUUAAUAUAAAUCCUUUGAUAACCAAGAUCACAAAUCACAUUGGAGUUCACAUACACUUCUAGGCAGUGUUUCAAGUAGCACUCUGAUGUAUUGUCCUUUUAGUCACCCCCCAGAUCAGUUUUUAGGUAAACAUGAUGCAUUCUUUUUAUAUCUAGUGAAAAGGGCUUUUAGUCUCUCACUAUCUUUUUUGCAUUAAAAUACUAUACAAUGUUUCAAGCAAAUUGAGAAAUCUACCUGUUUGGAGAAAAAUGAUAAAAGAAAGCUUUAGAAUUUAAUAAAAUGUCCAAAAGUAUAAUAUAAUUUCAUACUUACAAACAUUCUUCAUAGAUCUGGCUCCUGCCUACUGCUGGAGGGUUGGAAUAGGUAAACAGAUCAGGUUUGCAUAUCAAACCUAAAGUGCUACCAGUGAUACUGAAGUUCAAUUAGUCAUAUUGAGUUACUGAGUCCAUUCACAUCAUAUAUACUUAUAAAAGUUUGAUUGAAUACUGAUUCCAGAUGUCUAUCCAGUAGGGUUUUGUAUCUAAUUUAAUUGUGUAGCAAUGAGUUUUACAUGUAGGUCAUGACUAUACCUGGAUUAUACCAUUAAGUUAAUUAUAAUUAAAUAUAUGUAAUUUGCAAAAAUGAUUAAAAUUAAGUGGUUUAUGUGUGUUUGUGAGGUGUAACUUCUGAGGAAUCUCAUACAUGGUAGGAAUCAUCACAGUAAAGCUAAUAGCAGGAAAAUUUGAAAGGUUUUGAGAUACCCUGAAGAAAGAGCAAUGAUUUCUGAAUCAGUGUGAAAAUGUCAACAUUUGAUCAAAUUAACACUACCUCCUCCCCAGUUGAAUGGUAUUCACUCAUUAUAUAUGUGUUUAAGAAAGUUUAAAAAGUAUGGGAAGUUUGCAUAGCAUAUCAGAAUUGUAAAUGCUAUAUCUGGUACCCAGAACCUGACAGUGAUAAGUCACCCUUCUCCCUUUCUUGGAUUAGCAUUUUAAAAAUGUAGACUGCAUACCUUGAAACAUUUUAUUCUUAAUUAGAUUCCCUUCCCUUUGCACAUACUUUUUCUCCCCUUCAAAAGUCAUCUAACUCCAAAUUAAGAGUUUCUGAAAGCAUUUUCAUUACAUAGAUUAUGUUAACUAAAAAUGUGUUUAUAUUAUUUUUAUUCAGAGCUACCAUUCUUUUUAGCCAUUUCUAUACGUAGAGAUAGAUGAAUAGCCAUGCAUUUGAAGUCACACCCAUAGGUGUAAUAUGCUUAGUUAGUAUUCUAAGUCAAGGACUUACUAAAAAUGGAAUUUCUUAUGAUAGUCAUGAUUUUCAGAUGCUGGGACAUCAAGUCAGCACCAUUCAAAAUACUAAAGAAAUUGUCCUAUACACUCCCUUCCACUUCCACCAGUUUUGACUCACCCCCUUUUCAAAAAUUGAAAAUUCUUUUUCAAACCAUAAGGCAGACAUUAGUAACUUUCUGCUUCUGUAAGUACGAAAUGUCUGGCAUUUUAAACUUUUAUAUAAUACAUUGUUUUGGACACUGGAAUAAUACGAUUUAUUUUCACCUGUGAAAAAUGACUUCAUUGUACUUGAAACACCUCCUUUGCAUUUCUCCAUUUUGUGCCAUUCACUAGUGGAAAUAAAUUGUAUUAUACCAUGAUCUACUGGCUUUUAAAAAUUAUGUUAAACAUACACAUUUUUGGUAUAACUAUUAUCAUUUAUAUGUGUAUAUUGUAUAUACAUAUGAGUGUAUCUGUGUGUAUAGAUGUGUGCAUGUAACUCAUACUGUACAUUUCCAUCAGGGCACUUAAGGGUCUGUUGUUUUUGUUUGGUUUUGUUACUUCAGUCUUCAGUUAAGGCAAGAAUGCAUGUGUUUUAAAGAAUGAGUACUCUGGGUUGAUAUUUAUGAGAAGGUGGUUAUUAGAUGCAGUCUUUCCUUUUUAAUCCCUUAGGACUUGUGUGAGUGGAGAAGGUUAAGUAAAAUAUGGAACCAUAAGUUGCAAUGCAGUAAAAUUGUGCUGGGGAAGGAGCCAGUUCUGUGAGUUCGUGUUGUGGUGCAUUAAAAGAUAAACGAUGCAGAGAGAAAUGAACCAUGGAAAGUAAGAACACUGGUGGUGAUUGCUCUGCAAAGAUGAUAAAAAGAACCAAUGAAUCACACAAUCUUAUGUAUUUCUUAGUAGAGAUGCCAUUGUGAUCCUCUCAUUCUUUUUACUUAAUACUAAAAAUUAUGUAUUUUGCUGAGGGUCAAAACAGCCGAGAGAGAAAGUAGUUACUAUUAAAGCAUCUAAGGUUCUCCUUAACUGUAAAAUCAACAUCAUAUAGUCACUGGGAGAGAAGGACAUGGUUUGAGGGGCUUUUUCCUUUUAACUGCCUCUUCUUGCUUGCUAAUAGUAAGUUCUUUGUGCACCUUCAAUCCCUUCUGAGCCACUACUGUUCAAGCAGAGAUUUGACCUAACACAGCUACCCUUUCUUUGGAGGUUUAUAUAUUUCUUCAUUUUGUCCCAUGCUCACAAUGUGAAGUGUUGUAAUGUAUAUUCAAGUCAGAAAAUAAUAUAUUUAAGGUGUUUAAGUGUACUGUCCUAUAAUGGUGAAGGAAGAGAUUCUCAUUCCUUAGAUAGAACCUUCUCUAAGAAGCAAAGUCAAAACUUGGGCUGUUGUCUUCGAGCUGCUUACCAAAAUACAGAUCAUCAUUGAAGAGACACAAAUUCACUACUUUUGUUUUCCCAUACCUAACAUGAUAGUAUUCCCAUCAAGGUUGUAGCAUUGCCUUUUAAAAGGCACUUAACUCAUUCACUCUUAGUUGUUAAGAACUGGAAAUUUCCCAUCCUCAGAUUCCUUAAAGGAUGAAGAGUGUGCUGUACACUUAGCAUACUUGCCUCUUGUAUGCAAGGACUACUGAUUGAAGUCUGUUUUGCUGUGUCUGGUUAUGUCGUCUGCACUUUCAUGAAAUCACUACAGUAGAUCUACAUUGGAAAUUAUUAUUAAUUUGUAAAGCAGUUUUUGUUAAACACUGUGUAGAAAAAGAAAGCGAAGCUGAGAACUGUUCCUUUUUUGCGCAUUUAUAUUUCCUACUGAAUUUUGGUAGCCCCCUUUAAAAUUGUUUUAAUUUUUUUCUCCUUGUUUUAUGUUCAGAUUUCCAAAAUUUCACUCAUACAAGGGAAGAGAACCUAUUUGGCCUAAUGGUAGUCUUUAGAUCAUAAGAAAUAUAUAAAUUAAUAUGCACCUUAUAUGCCUGUUGUGGAUUUCUUAAACUUGCACUUCCCACCCACCCAAAGAUAUCUUUUAAAGAAAAUAAAGACAGAACUAAAACUGGGAGCCAUGUACUAUGUCACCAUCACUGUUAACUAUUUCCCAGGAAUCCAAGCGCUUUGAAGUUUCAGAGAUUUAUUUUUGUGUGUGUUUGUGUAUGUUUGAUUGUUUUGGUUUUUGUUUUGUUUUUAAAUGUACAAGGGGUUCUUUAAAUAGAGAAAAAGAUUAAUCCUCUCAAACAGCAGGAGGCCCACUGGAUAUCCUAAUCUUAACAACUGUAGGUAGUUUGCCUUGAAAAAGAGGUGAGAAAGGUGAGACUUCUGAAUGAAUGAAAAAAGGGUAUCUUGAUGCCCAGGAAUUCCCCCCAAAGUACGGGUAAUUCAGCCUGCACAGUUUCCUUUUACUCAUAGUUUUAGCAAUUAUGAGUGAAAAAUCAUGUAAUUAUCUGUAAAUAUGUAGCUAACAAAUUGACCUAGUUUCUGUAUUUUUUUGGUUUUUGUACUAAAGUUUAUAGGUCUGUGUCAGCUAGAGAGGAGUUGCUGUCAUUGCCAGUUGUGGUUGUAGCAUCUAACCCUGAAACCAUCCUAGGUGACAUUUUUAGAAUUAUUGCUUAAGUGUGUUAAACAGGGGGAAAUGAAGCUUAAUGAUUGGUCAGGUUUGAAAUCUUUUGAAGCUAAGUAAUUUUAUUUAAUACAAUGAUUACAUGUCCUCAGUCAUGAGUGAGAUGUAGGGAGCCUCCCUUCCCCAGUGGCCAUGUUUACAAAAGUGUGUUUUGUCUAUAAAGUGCAAGUGUGUUAAUGUUUAUGUAAAUUAUGCAGGUGAUAACAUUAUGUUUGGGACUGUUUAUGGGCUCUAUAACUGAAUUUUCAAAAGAUAUGUACUAUGCUUAUUGCUGGCACAUUGAUUCUGUUUCUGGAACAUUUUUCCUGUUUCCAGAAUUAGUUAACAUUCUUCAGACAUUACCCCCACUUAACUAACUCCCUUCCUCUGAUUUGCCUUGUACCCAAGGUAUUAAGGACUGGUGAACACAGAUGAGGGAAAUGCAUUUCUUAAAAGUCCAUGAACCCUCAAUUGUAUGUUUUCAGUACUGGUGUUAUAUGUUUCUAUGACAACUUCGAAGUCAGUGGUUUAGAAAUGAGAUACCAAUGUUAAUGAAAAGUAUGUACUCUUUGCUUUUGCAUGGCUUGGCUUAGUAACCAAGGUAUAUUUGAGCCACUUGAAAGCAUGAAGACCGUUAUAUGGGAACAGGUUUCUCUCACUGGCACAUUUUGCUUUUUCUUAGCCCUCAAAUACAUUGCCUUGGCAUGAGCAUUAUUGUUACAAUAAAUUGCACAUGGUCAUAGAGUGAAUUAUGUAGCUCAAAGGGUGCAGCUGCAUAAUGUUUUGCAGUUUCUGGCUGGCCUCUGUGACUGUUUGGCACAUAUCAAAAAACCCAGGGGUAUUGGAACCCUUCUAACCCUUUUGGGAGGUCAUAACCAUAAGCAGGUAUAUUUAUCAAGAUGUUGGCUGCCCAGGUAUAUUGCCUUUUGGUGCCCAUUCCAAAUGUGCUAUUGUCCUUCCUUCAUUUCAUACUAUCAAAGAAAUCACCACCCUUCUUCCUAACAGCAUGUUCCACCUUUUAUUCCACAUUAAAUGGGAAUUGUGCCUACUUAGAGUGCCCUUCCAGUUAAUUAUACAUGUCCCAAGAUGAACCAAGCCAGAGACACAGGUGGGAAAACAUUUCAAAAAAGAAAAAACGGCCAGUAAUUUAUCUGACAAGGUACUUUACCACAUUAUAUUGACACUUGAUAUAUGAGCCUAUUAGAAAUUGCAAGUGGUUUCAUAGAGUAAAAUCCCAGUGAAAAGGGAUGUGCGGGGUUUCUAUUAGGAAAUAAUUUUGUUCUUACUUUAACUUUCCUUUUACAAUCCUUCUCUGCUAGCUUAGAACAGGUUCUCCAAAUUUUUUAAAAAUUUUUUUAGGGAAAUUUUUACAAAAGCAAGGUUUGAUGUAAAUAACAUUUUAAAGUAUAGUGCACAUAACUUCCCUAGACUGUUCCAACCUGAUUAUUUGUAAAUGCUUUAGAGAUUUUUAAAUUAACACUUGUGUUGCUAAAUCCUAUUUAUGUAAGUCUGCUAAAGUUUUUAACCCACUUAAAACAUUUAAAUAAUGGAUGGGUUGCUAUAAGCAAUUUAGCUUUCAGAACCCUUUCUUUUAGUAUAUGAAAAAGCCUAAUACGCAUUAAUGAGGUUGGAGAGACUAUGAGAAAUAUGUAUAGUGUAUAUUUUAAAACAGCUUUGCUUGUAUUGUGAAGAUUUAAAAACUUGAGAUUUUUAAAUUUAACUAUUAACACAGUUUUAACAUAAGUUAUCCCACUGGGUUUAAGAGCAUCUUGAAUGUAUAAUCCUUUUUGUAACCCAGGUUGGUUUCUGCUUUUACCAGUCAUUCAAACAUUAUUUAUAUUUUUAGUUUUAUGUACUCAUUUCCCUUUGUUUUCCUCAAACAGCAUGAUUUUUUUGCACAUGUAGAAAUUUUUAAAAAGAAGGAAAUUGAUACAUCAUUUUCUCUAGAUUUUUUUUCACUUCCCUCUUUCUUUCUACUAACCUCUUCCUUAAAGGCCAUAUCACUCCAUUUGCAUUAUUUAUGCAAAUGCCAGGGUUGGUUUUUAUUUUUAUUUUUGCUAUAUACCUAAAAAAAUAAAAUGCUUCAGUUAAUUGCUUUUUUAU